UUACUGUUACAAUACUUUAAUAUAUUGAUUACGUUCACCCUAAUGUAUCGAAUCGCGUAAUAAAUGUAUAGUAAUCGGUUCCCAUGAUCUCUACAGCCACUCGUGGCCACUACACUCACUCCAGUGUAAGAAAAACAUCUAUUAUUUUAUCGGAUUGUAGCCAUCAAAAUGGGACAAUUAAUUGCAUCGAGUGAGGAUGAAUCUCUAAAUGUAUAUAAUCAUAGCAAUCAUAAAUUCAUGCCCUUUGUUUAUCCAGGAAUGCCUGAGUCUUAAGACUGUUUUUCAAGAGGGUCUUGCAAUUGGGAUGUUUGGCCAAUCUCAUUAAGGAGUGUGAGCAUGACUUGGGAUUAACCAGAGCUGAGUACCCGGAGAAUACCCACACUUACGAAGUGAUAGCUCAGAAAUAACCACGUACCUAGGAGGUUUAUGAGUUAUGAAUACACAUAAUUUCUAGCGUUAUCCUGCAUAUGUUAAACUAAUUAAAUUCGUUACAGCCAUGUGCCAAUAUAUGUUGAACUACUUUCACACCUCCGUGCUAAUCGGAGGUGCUAAGAUCUCUGCACGUCGGUUUUGCUUGCCAAUACUUCACCAUGCUGGUCAAUGAGGGUGGAUGAAGUGCGCAUGUGUGCGCGAGAGGGUCAGUUUUGACCGGUUGACAUAUCACUCGCUAUUGAUGUUAGCCACAUCCAGGAAGCGAACCAAGAGAGCCAGGUCCAUUGCGCAGUGAGCAAAGCACCGGAACCACCGCUCCCCUCCCUCCCUACCUCAUAUCGUCAUUCGUGAUGAAAAUCUGUUACCUGUGCCAACAGACAGUGCCCAACCUUGCCACACCGUUGUCACCUAUAUAUAUAGUUUUGUAUCAAACGUAACUCUGCAAGCCGGCGACUUCCCUUCCGUAAACGUGGACUGCAGAGCAGCCACCGCGUGCGGCAAUGCAGCGCGCACCGUGCGUGCUCUCUAACCCCGGGCUCUGGCCACAAACCAACCACCCCAACCCCCUGCCGAGACGCAGGAAAAGCCAACGGGCUGACAUCAGAGCCGAGUGCUGUUUGCCCUCCCCAUCCACAUCCCCUCCGACACUCCACCCACCACACCGCACCUCCCUCGCUCUCUCUCUCUCUGCUUUCCUCUCCUCCUGUCGAAAAGAGGGUCCCCCCCCCCCACCCACCACCACCAUCACCAUCUCUCCCCUGCCCCGGUCCGCCCCGUGGUACAGCCCCUGCCUUUUGUCCACGCUGCCUUUGGAGCCCCCUUCUCAUACUGCUGCUGUUGCCGUUCUGCGUUCUGUGAUCAGCCAAGCGCACGGGCCGUGGCCAUUCAGGGCGAGACAGAGCGAGGGACGGGAGAGAGAAGGGGAGGAGGUCGAAAGGGGAGAGAGAGAGAAAACAAAACUAAUUACAUCGCCGGGUGAGUCUUAAUUUGAAAAGGGUGGAAGACGCCGAAGCAGAAGAUAUAUAUAUUUUUUUAAAUCGGAAAGAAAUAAAGUCGUUUUUUUUUUUGGGGGGGGGGGGUGGUGGAGGAACAAAACAAGGAGGGGAAUUCUUGGGAGACUAUUUCCUCCAACAAAGACGACGGAUUUUCAUUCGUUUUUUUGCAACAUUGUGCUUCGGAAGACCCCAGCUGCUGCAGCAGCAGCAAGCAGCAGCAGCAGCUCCCCCAACUCAUCACCAACAACCCGGCCCCGAUUCUGCUUUCCGUGGCUCUUCCAAGACCGUGUCGGAGUGCGAGGGGUUUCUUUAUUUGUACUAUAUCUAAAUAACAAACGAACAACCUUCCACCCCCCCCUACACUGUUAUUCCGCGUCCGUCUCGUUCCAACCAUCCUCCAGAAGAAACCUCAAUCCCCCUCUUUUGCUGCGUCCUUCCACCCAGAGCAAUGAUGCACCGCUUACAUUUCCUAAGCCUCCAGUACUUUGACGCCAUGAACAACAACGGGACGCUCCUUGGUUUCAAGGGCGAAACCCUGAGCAACGGUGACCUCCGGCAGGCCAUGCGGCUGCCGCCACUGCUGCAGGACCCCAGGGCUGCCCUCCCGCCCACCGGUCUCAAGCGCAAGUACAGUGAGGAGCUCUGGCACGAGUCGUCGGACGCCUCCGACGAGGAACAAGCGCCCCGGAGCAGCAAGGUCCCCGCGCUGCAGCCGCGGCCGGGCAGCAACGGGGAGUACGGGCGUAGCUACCCGCUCAGCGGCAGCCCCGGCGAGCCCCGGCGGGCACCGUCGCCCGCGCCCUUCGGCUGCCUGCCCCACGACCUCUCCGUGCAGCCCAUGUCGGUGGAGAUGUCGCGCCCGUCCAUGGGCAGCCCUGGCUCGUCGCCCGGUGGAGGCCCAAUACCGCUCCACAGCACCAUGCUCCAGCAGCAGAUGCGACCUUCAGUGAUCACCUGCGCGCCGCCAUCUCGCAACUCGGUGCGGAGCCAGCCCAAGAGCAGCCCGCCGCUCAAGCCCACCGGCGACUUCGGCAAAGAGCCCGGCUCGUCGGCGCCGUACGACCCGGUAGUGGAGGAACACUUCCGGCGGAGCCUGGGCCGGCACGGGGGCCCGGGGCCGGCCGCCCGCGAGGCCGAGCCGGCGGCGGUCAGCCCGUCGUCCUGCGUGUCGGUCACCGGCUCCGUCGACGAGCACUUCGCCAAGGCGCUGGGCGACACGUGGCUGCGCAUCAAAGCGGCGGAGGGCGACGCCGCUCCGCACCCGACCGCCCAGUCCUCGUCCUCCUCCUCGUCCCUGUCCUCGUCCGCCUCUUCCCCGUCGUCGUCCGCCUCCAUGGGGGGAGGCCGAGGAGGCUCCCCCGGUUCCCGUAACCGCUCCCCGUCCGUCAUCUCGUAAAGAGUGCGGCACCUCCGGUCGCUGUUGGCGCCUGCGCAGAGCGUGGCGUUGUCCUUUUUUUAUUUUAUUUCUGUGCUGCGGUUAUCACAACGCAAUUGCCCCCAUUGUUGGUUAAACACAAAAAGCCUGUGACGACGACGACUAUGAUGACAAUGAUGAUUUCACUAAGUAUGCGCACACGGCUGCCCUGGUGGCAGAUACUAGGGCACAUUUUUAUUUGUGUUUAUACCAAUGUUAUGCACAUUUCGCAUUGAUUGCCGCCUCCUAAUGUAUGAGUGUCAAACGUAGGUUUGUACGCAAAGGCCCCAAGGUUAACCUUACAUGCAUUAUGGAAAGUGUUAAAAUACAUUUAGCUUUUGUGGAACAAAAUGCUCUCAAAGUUUAUACUUUGAACGUUCUGAGAAAAAUAAGGUUUCUUUUUUACAUGCAAGCUAUUUUUUAAGAAACAUAGUUUUAAUAAAAUCGGCAUGUUGAAAGACGUAUGUCUUCCGUACAUAGCACAUUGCCCUUUCGUCCCAAGUCAGUGAUGUCAGUCACCUUUAGUGAAUUUAAAUCACUAUUUACGUAAGCAGGUGCUACCGAUAACCAGCACAGGGGAAUCUGCUGCACUGUGCAUCCAACAUCCCCUCGUGUACUGCAUGGAGCACAGCUGGUCUCUGCUGUUGGUUGGAAUGCCGACUUCCAUAUAAGGGACACUGCUCAAAGGCGUGCAUUAACCAGAUAAGGUAGUCACGCUCUAAAUAAGGAAUGCCGAGUAAAUCGCUGGCUAAAGCUCUAUGACGUAGCAACUACAACUCUUGUAUCCCACAUGUUUCUGCAAUGUUCCCCCAUUGCCUAGACACACACACACAGUCAGUCAUUAUACGUUUUUUUAUUGCAGCAGGCUGUUUUAUCAUAUAUAUGAAAACUGCUGGUAACAGGACAAUAAGCAACGAUUGGCAUCGCGAGCGAGUUUGUGUGUGUGUGUGUGUGCGGUUUAACUUUAGCUGUGGCACGUGGGUUUUUAUAUGUUAUAAUUUUUCAAUAAGAUUUCCUUUGUUCGACUGCAAAGCGGGAAAUUUGCAGGAACAACAUUUUGUAGCGCCGAUUUUUUUUUCCUGGUAGAAAAAAAAUUGAAGGAAAAUAACAAAAUGAGCUCUGGGAAUCUCUACUCCCAGAGGAGUUUGUUUUUCUCUCUCUCUCUCUACGGUUCGUUCAGGCAUUGGCGCUGAAUACAAUCACCCCCAUUUCUAAGCUUUAAGGGUUGCCUUUUUAAAAAGGGGUGGCCCACUCGCACAGGGUAUUGACUGUUUGGGUAUCGGGAGGGCAGUACUUCCCCUUUCCUCCCUUGACUUCAAGGAAAUAUUUACUGGGAGUGGCGGAGGUUAGUGAGGUGGGCUGCAGUGUGGCUUUGCUGCUGGUUCAGCUUGGUUCAGCUAGGUCGAAACGUGUACCCCCCCCCCUCCUCCAUUGUUUUGGAACAGGUGUCCGGACACAGCCAACAUUCCACCUGUCCUGUGCAAAAGGCAGGACCCAUAACACUUAUACUUCUGCACAAUACUUAGGCGAGUAGCUGUAAACGAGAGCAUACUAACACAGUGAGGCGGCAUAGCGGUUCUAGACUGAAGUUAACUUAAAUGGCAAACAAUGCGGCGGCACGGUUCGGUUGUGUUGAGAAGUAGCCGCGGGAUUUCUCACAGCACGAGAACCCGUACACGGCACAUGUUUUGUAGCGAACACUGCGAGUUAUUUUUUGCUGCUGGUGUUGAACAAAAAAUAAAAUGUCGGACUGGAUUUCCUUAAUUUAAAUAUUAAAUUCGUGAAAUUCUAAUUGAUUUAAUAAAUCGGCAUAUUUUUUUUUUUCAAAAUUUACGCUAAAAUCGCGGCAAAAAGAAACGGGCUUUGAGUGGAGGGAAAAGUAAAUUCGCACUUCACGUGAGCCAACGAUGGUUUCUCGUUUCAGCCCCUUUCCUCGCAAUUGCACCAAGCAGUUCACGGUCCCAUUCCAGAAUAAGCAGCGUUCAUGAAAUUACUGCGCAAUCGUUAAUGUUUGCGUUCACAUCUGUCAAGGGCCCACGUUGCUUUGGUUAUUUUAAAAAUGUAUAUUUACGAGGCAUGUAACGUAAAUGCAUCGGAUUAAGCUGGUUCUUAUGCCCGCGAUAUAUGUGCUGGCUCGUGCGUCUAAGAAUUUGUUGUUUACGAUUCAUUAAAAUUAAAGUCCAAUGUUACCUGCGGGCUGCUAGAAGCAACAGAGUUGCACAACAUAGAGAAAAUGCCACUACAAACGAGAUGGUUAAAACGGACAAAAACUAUAUUUUUUGAAGAAAAAAACUCAAGCGGAGCCAGAUCGAGAAACCUGUAAGGGGCAGGAAGUUCUGAACAUUGUAAGGUUUUUAAAUAGGCCAUAUGUUCAUUAAAAAAAAAACAUUGUGUAUUUUCUCUAGUAAAUAUCAAUACAAACUAUAAACGUGUGUUUAGAGUAUUUGGCUGCUAUAAAUUUCCAGAUUAUAAGCCACUUGGUUGAGCAAUCGUUUGUGACCAGGUCACUUCUGAAAAAGAGCUAUUUAGCUCAGUGGGCUGUACCUGGUUAAAUAAAAAAGUGAAAUACUAAAUUUAGGGCCUCAAUGGGGGGGGGGGGGGAAUCGCGUCCCCCACACCCCCUCUUUGGAUCCUCCACUGGUGAAAAAUAUUCGUCAAUAGCCCUGCCCAAAAGAGGAAAAAUUACAUAAUAGGCGACAUUGGGCAAUGGUCCUUCUUCACAGCAGCGAUGCGCCACUGCCCAAAAUGUCGCCUGUUAUGUAAUAUUCCCAAAGGGCAGUGUUACAGAUCAAUGUGUUUAAUUGUUGUUACUUGUGCACCAAUGCCAUCACAGUAUGACGAGCAAAAGCAUUCUCCGAGUAGAAUCAAAACCUUUUGAGUCGUGACAAUUCAUCGAAUUACUCUGGGCAAGAACGGUGGUUUAAUCGUUACAUGCCUAAUAUUCACUCACUGCUGUGGAAGACCAGACUGUGUGCUGAAGUUGAUCUUAUAACAUUUUGUAAACAAAAAUUAUCUACUUUCCCCCACACAGUUUAGUCUACCUUAGUCUACCUCCACUUCUCACGGGCCAUUUGCAAGUUUUUAUUUUAAGUGGUAGUCUAAGAAAAUGCCCUUUGGCAGUGGUGAGUGAAGUGUUUCUCAAUUUAUGAUGCACAAUGAGUAAAACCCUGAAAUUUCAAAUCGAUAUUUUUUUCUCCACUUUUACAAUUAUUCGCUUAGUUAAAAUAUUUUGUAGUUAUUUUAUUUCUCGUGCAAAUGGAAUUAAGUUUGCCUUCAAGCUAGUAUUACGCUGAGCGUAAUAAGGUUGCUAUUAGAUUUUUGGUUGAAGUAGCUGCAUUAAAAAAAUAAACAUACAUUAUGUAUUUAAUUUCUUUUAUUACACUUCUGUUUUGAAAGUUGAUUCUUUCUUACAGUUCAGUUAUGAGGUAUUAUAGUGCAGGAACACAGUAUUAUUUAGAGUAAUGCAUGCUAUGUACGACGUAACCUGUAUACGUUUGGCAGCCACCGUUGCCGCUUCAAGUGACCUGCAUCGUAGCUGCGAAACAGUAGUUCCUUCCGAGAGCAUCGUCCUUUUAGAAGUAGCAACACGCUCAGGGCCUGUUGCUCAAACAGCACGAAGGCACGACUCCCCCAUCCAUACGCCUUGCGUGCGAGCCAUGUGAUCACCACAUUGCACGUCCAAUGCUCUCAGCCUUGUCCAGACCACCAGCUUCAAAAGCUGAACGUGUGGUCGCAUCGUCGUUAUCCGAGUCGUUGCCAUGUCGUCGUUUGCUGCGCCUUUGCGUGUCGUUAUUUCUGUUUCACGGCCUAAACGCAUUUCUCCUUCGCGAUGGGGGGGGGGGGGGGGGGGUUUCUCUUUCUUCGUGCACAGAAAGUGUGGCAUCCUUCUUUGUAGUGCAUUGCUAAAAUGACCUGAGUGCAUGAAAAACUGUGCAAAAUGCAGCAGUCAGGCAGGCUCUGGUGUAAAAAGCACAGCCCCCCCCCCCCCCCCGGGCACUGUGCUGGCGUCUUAAGCGAUCUGAGAUCCGCAUCCUUCACGCAUCUCUGUAGGCUGGCCCUAUGCGUCACAACUAGUUUUCAGUUAUGUGGCAUAUAUAUUUUUUUAAUACACAUUUUUUUCGUGGUCAUGUUUGCAAAACGGUUUUUUUUUUGCAGUAACAAGUGAAAAAAAACGGUUAACAGCAGAGCGACAGGAACAAAACAUUUGCCCGAUUACAAAGCACGGGAAGGUAUAGAUAAUUAAUUCAGCCUAAAACCUCCAAUGAUCAAAACGUGUGCACACCUUUAAGGGGUCAAAAGGUUGCGAAACAUCGGCUACAUUUUGUAUGGUUUUUCCCAAACGAAAACAUCCUCAGAUAUUGAAACCCUCGGGUUGUUCUAGAGGACUGAUCACCAAAAAAAAACUAUGUAUAGAUCAUGUUAUUGUCAAAGACAAGGGUUUUGUGAAUUUAAAAUCUGACGGUAGUAAUUUAGGAUGUCCAAGUUUGAAUUGUUUAGAUUUGGUAAAGCUGGUCACUGACGUUUGUAUUUUAGCAAAUUAGGUGAAAAAGUGUGCAGCGUUUUGUAUAUCGAAAUAACAACACCACCAACAAGGUGUGCUCACAAACAGCAGGUAGACAACUCCCAUCAUGCCUUGCAUGCUCGUUCACCAACACAUCGCAUAUACAAUGCUCUCGGCCUUGCCCACACCACCAGCUCAAUAAGUGAAUGUUCAGAGUCCUGCCUUCCCGCUGUUUGUGAGCAGGGCACCAUUGUAUGUUGUUAGAUCUAUUUGUUUCCAGCCUGCACGCAUUUUCCUGUUGUGAUGGGAUGUCCCAUAACAUACAGAAAGUGUUGGAUUUGAAGUUUUGUAUAUUACUUUUAAAAGAAGGGCUUGGAAUGUAAAAUCUGUAGUAACGAUUGCAAUGUGGUCAUUUCUCUAGCAAUAAAAUUCAUUUUUAAUGCA